AUGUGGUGGCGGCACGUCCACUGCUUCUUGUCGCACCGCGGGAGACUGCAGACGGGCGACAACAGUCAGGCGUUGUCCGAUGCCCGGCGCGCCCUAGAGCUCCAGCCAAGGAGUCCCGAGGCUGCCCUCCUGCGAGCGCGGGCCCUCGUGGCCCUGGGAGAUCUGGGGGCCGAGGCCGCCCUCCUGGAGGUGGAGCGGGCCCCGCUGACGUCCGCCCAACGGCGGGAGGCCGAGGACCUACGUUCGAAGCUCCCCCAGAAGGAGCAGAAGCUUAGCCCGGAGGACAUUUGUGCCCUCGGGGCUCAAGCGUCCCUUGCCUGGAAAAAGGGCAACGUCUCCGAGGCCAAAGGCAGCUUUCGGAAAUUGCGGGAGUUGGAUCCGGCUACAGCGCUGUGGGCUGUCGCUUUGGCCAGGAUCCACCUUUUCGAGGAGAAUCCCGCCGACACACUGGAACUCUGCACCACGUUCAUGGCGACCACUGGUGCCAGACAUGCAGAGCUGCUUCUGGUCCAGGGCUUAGCGCAGAAAGCCCUUGGCAAGAUCGACCUGGCCAAGAUUGACCUGGAGGAGGCCAAGGUGCUGGGAGGUCUCGGCGAGGCUGCCCGGAGAGAGCUGGAUGCUGCUCUUGGUGACCUCGCCGCCCCGAUGGCAGAGGCGAAGGCUACCGAUGCCGGGCACGGGAAGCAGGCCCAACCGGCCAGUGAGAAGCAGGCUGAGACAAGCCCUAGCCGAUCGAAAGAGUCUAAGGACAAGCAGGACUCCUCCACAUCCAGCACAUCCAGCAGCGCUGCUGCGCAAAGACCGCAUGCAGAGGUGCCGGAAGCGGACCGCAAGAGAGAGCCGAAGCAGGACCAGUCUGCCAGCAGUGCAUCCCGGCUCUCUGCAGAGGCCGAGAGUGCGGCCAUUGAGGCUGUCAAAAAGGCCUUGGAGGCCGAAAAGGAGGAGAUUUUCCCCGCAGCCCGCAACUUCUGCAAUGAGGCUUUGCAAGAAGCUCCUCACUUCCCGCAGGCGGUCCUCUGUCUGGCACGGAUGGAACUGGCCAAGUCCGAAUACACCGCCGUGCAAACUUUGUUUUGCAAGAUGCAUCCAUCGGUCCUCGCGCCGCGAUGCGCCGGAAGAGCUGAGGCUCUGUCGCUCCGUGCAGCAGCUGCAGAACGCAGCGGCGACUGGGAAGCUGCGAAUGAAGACCUGGAGCUCCUGGCGCCCAUGAUGCGCACGCCGGAGGCGCUCAGCCAGGAGGAUGGCUGGGGACCCCAGCCGGAAGCCUCCGAUGUCUUGGGGCGCCUGGCGCGCUCAAGGUUCUACACUGGCCAAAGGAGGCCGGCUACGGAGUUGGCCGACAAGGUCAUGGAGACAAACUCCACGCAAUUGGAAGCCUGCGAAGUGGCGACCAAAGUCCUGAUGGAGCGUGGAGAAACCCACGUAGCGCUGGCCGUCAUGGUCCGCUGCUUGGUGGCACAUCGGCACACGCCAAGCCUGACGUGCAGUCAGCUUGUUUGCGGAGUGAUGCGACACUGCAACGUGGAGGAGCUUUGCAGUGUGAUGACGCCGAAUCCUGCCAUGGUCAACGAGACGCACGUUAAAUCCGUCGCAGAGGUCGUCGGCUAUGUUGGGCUCAUCAUGAAAGAGCGUGGUAUGGUCCUCGAGGCGAGCCGCCUUUACCGGAAAGCUCUCGUGCUAGCUCCCGACCAUGGUUCCCUCUGCUUGAACUUGAUGCAUACCUUUGCGCUUCGAAGGGACGAUAUUCGGGGCCUAGCCUGGGCCCGGAAGUUCUUCGGGCUCUUGGCCAGAAAAAUCCCGCGAGUGGCGGCACUGAAUCGAGCCCUGCUCAGCGAGGAGCCAGAUACCAGUCAGAAGAUGUUCUCGUCUCGCGACUUCCCGGCAGAAAACGAGUUUCGGGAUGCAAUCGCCAUCGGCUUCGUCGUGCUAAAGCUGCUGUUUCUGGCCCAUCCGCGCACACCUCUGCCCUUCUGCCAGGAAGGCGACGGAAGGCCGUCCUGGCAGCAGCGCCUGCGCGACGUUGAGGUCUCCGAGGAGAUCGUGGGCCCGCAGGUGGCAAGCUUGCUCGAUGAUAGCUGGAGGCGACCGCCAGAGGCCGUCAAUGCCGGUGCACCUCGCUUGGGCGCGAUCGCAGCCCACGACCAGGUGCUUCGGUGGCUGGUUGCAUUGCUCGGAAAAUGUGUGGAGGGUCUGGAGCUACACUUGACCGCCGUGCGCAACGAGAAUGCAUACUUCAACUGCAUCAAGGACAUCCUGGCUCUGAAGGGCCCUGCGACGGUUCCCAGAAGUCCGGCGCUUUUCAAGCCGCUGUAUGUCAUCGGGGAUUCGCAUGUGCUACCAACGUCUUGGCAGACAGUGGAGUUCACGACCAGCCGCGGGAGCUACCACUACGUUCUCAUCCCAAUGCUGGUCACAGGGUUGAAGAUCUGGCAUCUGCGGGACGAAAGCAACUUCUACACGAAGUUUGCCUUCUGGGACAAGCUCUCGGUCUUGCCUGUAGAGGCUCCCGUAAUGUUCAUCUUGGGUGAGAUUGACUGCCGAGAAGGUGUCCUGAAGGCCGUGCAGAAGGGCAAGCACGAAAGCGUCGAGGAUGCUUUGUAUCUUCUCAUUGGGCAUUACACUGAAGUCCUCAAGCGGAUUCGCAGAAAGCUCGUUCACAACGACCUCUUCCUCCACCCUGUGCCAACUGUGCUUCCGGAGACACGAUUCCUGACCAUGGCUUUCAAUAGCCUUCUCUCGGCUGCGCCAUGCCAGGCCGCCCUAGCCAAGGUGCGGGUGAAGCUGCUCACUCUUGACUGCAUCUACGAGGGAGGACCUCAAGCAGUGGCAGGGCGAAGAGGUACUGAGCUUAGCCGACUGAAUGUGCUGCCGGAAUUGCGGCUAGACGGGACACAUCUGAGUCCUUCCUAUGUCCAAACUCAUCUGGCCCCGGCGAUGCAGCGAACGAUGGAGACAUGA